UAAGGACGACAUACUUUAUACUUUGAACACCAUGGCCUCCGUGGUUCAUGGUUACUGGAGGAUUUGAUCUGAAAAACGUUUCAUCGGGGAAAAUAGCAAGUUAAUGUAGAUAAUGGCGGGUUGUCUUCAGGUGCGAGUUCUUUGUUUGUUGUUUUGUAUUACACACCAAUAUGUCGCUGCUGAUAUACGUAUGUCAAUCAAAGAAGUCAAUGACAGAACAAACGUGUCCAUCUCCAUCUUAAGUAACAAACAACCCAGAAGUUUUACCACACGGGGACAGGGACACUCAGAUAGUGACAGCCGUCACGCCAAGUACGUAACAAUGAUCCAUGGGAAUACACAGAAGAGGAUCAAAUAUACCGAGAGACCUUACCCAGCAUUCCUCAACCCGGAUGUCACGGUGUUUACCACUGAACAAUUACCCGAUGCCAUGUCGAUGCCAACUAUUGGAAACGGUCACGUGGCUACAGUUGUCCAUAGCGACACAAUGUAUCUGGGCGGGCUGUACAACGGUUAUAAUGUAACGAGUCACAGGGCCAGACUGCAGUCUACAUCCUCCAUCAGCAUCACGGGAUUCUCCUUCGAUGUCGAUACUCGAAAAUACUCUUUGGACGUCGGCAGAGGUAUGUAUAUCGAAAGAUAUACAUCGGAUUUUGUGACAAUAGAGCUAAAAAUGUACGCCCACCAAGUCUUGUUCAGCUUGCUGGUCACCGAGAUCUCUGUGAUCAACGGUUUAGCCGGUAGUGUGCAUCUCAACCUCUCACACAACCUCGGACCGCCAAGUGAUGACACAGACAUUUCCAACACUACUGUAAUAGGCGAUGCCAGAUUAUACAUGGGAUAUAUUAAGGAACCAGAGUACCACGCUAAAGACAAGAUGCCGUUCAUUAUCAUCUCAUCAAUCGUCCCUGACGUCAUGACCGUGGCUGCUGGCGAGUCCGUCCGGCGUGUAUUUAUAACCUCUGUGGAUUUCACUUCUUACUUGGCUGCAGAAUAUUUCCAAUUAGGGCUUGAUUUUUUCCUGAAUGACAUGUUGGAAUCGACCCACGAACAAGUAUGGGAACAGCACAAUUGGCAGAAAGGCCGUAUAGACGUCGGUGGUAACAACAACCUCAGCAGGAUCAACUACGCAGCGAUGUACUACUUACUCAGCGAGAUCCCUGAAAAAGACCAAGUGGAACCGUUUUUUGGUAUAUCACCAGGUGGCUUAGCCCAUGGUGCCCUGAAUAAGGAUUAUGAGGGUCACGUGUUCUGGGACCAGGAGACCUGGAUGUUUCCGCCGAUGCUCCUUCUGUACAGUGACAAGGGGAAGAAGAUCGUCAAGACCAGAGUGAGGAAUCACGCAGCCGCGAAACAGUAUGCUCAACAGAGAGGCUAUCAGGGAGCUAUGUACCCGUGGGAAAUUGCAUUCUCCGGUCUAAAUGUGUGUCCCUCUACUGCAUGUUCCAAAUACGAACAACACAUCACCGGGGAUAUAGCGUUCGCCUUCAAGCAGUACAUUAUGAUGACACGGGACUCAGACUUUAUCGAGAACGAGGGUGGUGCUGACGUCAUCACAGAUAUAGCCUCGUUCUGGAUGUCUCGCAUGACGUAUAACAAAAGCGAGGACCGAUACGAAAUUCAUGAGGUAAUGCCCCCAGACGAGUACCACUACCCCGUCAACAACUCUGUCUACACAAACAGUGUGGCGAAGAUCAGUCUUCUCCUACCCAAGUACGCCCUCUCUCUUGUCAACAAGACGGCCGAUCCAAAAUUCGAGGAAAACGCCAAGAAAACAUAUAUACCGUUUAAUGACACUGGAAAGUGGCACCCAGAGUUUGACGGAUACACUCAAGAUACUACAGUAAAACAGGCGGAUGUCGUCCUCCUCGGAUUUCCUCUAAUGGAAAACAUUUCUACGGACGUCAGGAAAAACGAUCUUAACAUAUACGAAAAGGCGACACCGGGAGGGCCCGCCAUGACAUGGGGAAUGUUUGCAGUAGGCUGGUUGGAAUUGAACGAUACGUCUAAAGCGGAAGCUGCUUUCAAGAAACAAUUUCAGAAUGUUAUCCCGCCAUUUUAUACCUGGUCUGAGGAGCCAGGAGGACGAGGGGCCAGAAACUUCCUCACCGGUAUCGGCGGGUACCUACAGUCCCUCAUGUUUGGAUAUGGAGGAUUUAGAAUAUUCGAGGACAGGCUUCAGUUCGACCCAACGUUACCUCCUGAUACCUCGACCUUCAAUAUAACCGGCGUAGACUAUCUUGGAGGGUACUUUGAUUUCAGUUUUGAUACUAAAUACAUGACUAUUAAUCAAACUAAAUCUGCUAUGGAUGAAAUGAAAAUUGUUGUUCCUUCGACUGGUCAGGCGCAGACUUUGGAUAUUGGCGUUAUAGUCCAGUACCAAAGAUGCAAAGCUGCGUUAAUGCUUGUCUGAUCAUCAUAGCAAUGCACCGCAUAAACGAACUUUUAAUUGUUCAUGUAUAAAAUGAUAGUGUGACCAAUGCCAUUAAUUGUUUCAGGUUAUAGGAAAACAUAUUGUCAAUAAUGAAUUUCAGUUAUAUGUGUAUGCAGGCAUAGGUAAAUAGUAUUACGUAAUAAUAAAGUGUCGCCAACAGGAAUAUCAAUACAAAAGAAUAUGUUAUUUUUGUAUGUAUAAUGCAUUUAUAUAGCCAGAGGCCGACAUUAUUUCCCAACUCCUUAUUUGUUCUCUAUGUUUCAUGCAUUCCAACAUUUGUUCUAUAGUGUUUUCUUGAUUCAACUGCAAUGAAAUCAAACAAAAUUUACUUUGACGUGCUGAAGGAAAAUUAUCUGAUUUUGUUUUCGUAAUUUUUUUUGGCGUUGAUUUUAUAUACCACAGAUUACCUAAAAAUACAAUUUUCCUAAAAUAAAUGAGAAAAUCGUGGCAAAUGCAUUGAUAUUUAGUAAAAAAUAUGGUUCGUAAAUACUUAGGUCCAUCACUUUCACGAAACGUUGUAUUCGUUGCUUGUUGCUGAGUUUUGUUGAAUAUUAUUAUUAUUAUAAUAAAUGAAUUAUAACAAUUUUA